GUUUUGGAUGUAUUAUUCUGAAACGAGCUUCAGGUCAAAUCAAAUAUGUCUUCCUUUGCUAUUUUCGUGCUCUGCUUGCAAGCUUGCUUGCUCCAGAAUGCUUUAGCAAGCUGUGGCUGCUCUGGAGCCGGUCUCGGCUACGGUAUCGGCCCUGGCCCCUACCUCCCCGCCAGCCCCUGUUCCGGCGCUCUCUUGGAAGGCCCAUACGGACCCUACGCUGGUCCCUUCGCUGGCCCCUACGGUCCCCUCGCCGGUCCCCUCGCUGGCCCCUUCGCUGGUCCCUUCGGAGAGCUCGCUGGAGCGUACGGUGGUGAAGGCAUUGGUGACGUCAGCGUGUUCGGAGAAAUGCCAGUAGCUGGUACCACUCUGGUCAACGGUCAAGUGCCAAUCCUCGGUGCUGUGCGCUUCGCGGGAGACCUUCCAGCUGGUGGUGUCGUCACCAUCGCUGGUAGCUGCGGCUGUGGAUGCAGAGGACCCUACUACUAAAUUGGACACGUCUAUAGCAUUGAGCAAUGAAAAAUACAAGCUUUGACUUGA